UGUUCUGUGCGUUUUAUCGACAACAAAAUUAAUUUAAUUCUGUUUGUUACAUAUUAUUUUCUGAUUACGUUUACAUUUCGACCGGACGCCAACGCGUAUUACAGAAGAUAAAUUAUAUUGGAAAAAAACAUAUAAACAGUGUCGAAUCGGUUUCGGCUCAGUUAACUGUAACAAAAGUGUUCUGGGCUAAGAACAGUGUGAUAUUGUUUUCAAAAUUUGUGAACCACUUUCGAAUAUAUUUACUAAUUUUGCCCUAUAAAGGGUUACUUACUGAAUAUCAUUAUCGACAAUUGAUGGCCAACGCUACCAGCUGCUGUUAACCGUUCGCCAACUGCAGUCCAACGGAAUCCAAUGAAGUUCAAUAAUGAAAAGCGUAGCAGAAGACGAACUGGUUGCCAAAGAGCCACCAGAUGAGAACACCCAACCGACCAAUUUAUACAAACAGUUUGAAAUGUUUGCCAAACGGGUGGGCAAAGAACUGUUUUUCGUGUUCAUCAUUACGUGCACAACAUAUGCCACAUUAAUCAAUUUACAAAGUGAUCACGACGUCAAAGGUCCCAGUCCGAAACCGUUUUUCCACGGUAAUUUGUGCGUAGAAGAUUACUACCAAGGCAAUUUAAAUGACGCAUUGAGCAAAGUUUCCCUAGUCGAUUUGGCUGUUUUAAUGUUCUAUGCUCCGUGGGACGCCGAUUCCAUAGAAUCUCGACAGGCUUUUGAAGAAGCGUGUUUGAUCAACAAAAAUGAGGUGUACUUUGGCGCCGUCAAUUGUUGGCAACCCGAAAGUGUAUGCAAUAAAUUGCUAAAAGGCAAUAAAAUAUAUCCAAUGAUUGUGGCUUACGAUUACAAAAAAACAGGCGUGCCUUACGUUGGUCCAUUGAACAACGCAGCUUAUUUAACUCGUUUCAUUCAUGAAUUGAAACGACCCGUACAAUUAUUAAGCAACAAAUUAGACUUGGUAAAAGUACACCGCAAAUAUCAUAAUGUUUUAGUGGCGUCCGUCGAUUUCAAAACGACCAAAGGUUGGGAUUUAUAUUCGGUUAUUUUGGAUGCCGCCAUUAAACAUUUGAAAUCCGAUCCAUUACAAAUGUACGUAAAAUGGUGUGUUGCGACUUGGCCCAUUAACAACGACGAUCCGAUGAUCAGAUUACACCUUUGGAAUCGCACUUUGGCAUUCAACGAAUCAAUAAUUAACGAUGAAACGCUUGUAAAUUGGAUUUUGAGAGAGACGAGGUUGACUUCACGCUGGAUUCCGUCACCUGGGCGAAGCAAAACACAACUACUAGAUGAUACAUUCAAACGUGGACCGGUCAUGAUACUUUUUACACCACAAAAUCCAUAUUUGGAUCUCCAUCCUACUUAUUCUAUGUUACAAGCGUUGAGUAUUGAGUAUUUCAAUUGCGGUAAAAACAAUAUUCAAGGACAUUACAUCAACAAAUACUUGUCCAAACAGUUGAAACUAUUUUUUCAAGAACGACCAAAACAAAUAAAAGAAUGUUAUAAAACAGUGCGAGACAAGUAUCCGGAGAUAAUAGUUAAUUGGCAGAAAAAACCAAAUGCCACAUCCUCAGUCGGAAGUCGAGAGUGGGAAACUUCAGAAAAAGAAAAAACAAACACUGAGAGUAAUUAUUUUAAUGACGCCGUUUGCAAGAUUACGGAGAGUUUGUUUUUCGACAUAAAACUCUCAUAUUGUUUUAAAAACGAACAUGAUACAAAAACGACAGAAGGAUUGUGGAAAAAGAGUGGAAUGGAUUUAACAUCAAAUUAUGUCAGCACUGAUAAGUUUGUCGAUUAUUGGAACGAAAACGAUUGUUAUCGUGCUUUACUCGCAGACAAAUAUUUCAAAUUUUCAAAGCCUCAAGAAGAAUCAAAGAUCAAUGUGACAAGUGUUUUGGGAUUGGCUUGUAAAGCUAACAAAAGUAUGACAUUUAUCGCUUUAGACUCCAAUCUCUUUUACCAUGUCGCCAAAGGCUUUGGUAUAAAUUUAAAUAAAUACCGAGAGAAAACUGCGGCCUUAAUAUACGACCAAAAGACUGAAAUGGUUCACAUUUUGCCCAGGACAACUCAUGUUACCAAAGAAUCCAUGGCAAAGUUACUUACGGAGUUCUUGGAUAACCAAGCAAAACGGCAUUUGCGGUCAUCUUCAGAUCCGGAAAUGAACUUUCAUUCAUACAACGGCCAAAGUAAAGCCAAAGAAUCGAUCGAAAUCCAAACGUUAAAUUCAGAAAAUUUCAAAAACGCCGUUUUCAACAAUACAGAGAACGUUGUAGUGUAUUUCUACACUCCGAUCUGUGCGUACUGUCAAGUUGUUGCACAUGUUUUACUGACAGUCGCUCGUUUAAUGCGUAACGUGAAGGAUUUGAAAUUUUUUCGAAUCAAUGGAAGCAGCAACGAUUUGAGUUGGCACUUGGCCGUGCAGACGUAUCCCACCGUAAUAAUAUUUCCCGCCAAAAAAAAAGCUGAAAGUUAUAUUUUCCCGUACGAAACUGAAAUAACGUCCAAGAACUUGUCUCAGUUCAUUUUGUCCAAUCUAUCGGUAGAGGCACGACUUUUAGCAAUGAUCGGGCUGUGUACCGUGUGGGACUCUUCGGAGGAUUACAGCAAACAUGUUCACUACUGUCUCAGAGAGAUUAAGCUCGCUUGUGACGAUAGUAUAUCCAAAGCGCUGCAGUCGUAUCGCCGUGGACUCGUGUACAAACAACGAAACACAAACGUCACUAUAACACCUAUUUUCAACAGGCUGCGGUAUUUAAAAGCAUUCAGCUUGGUGUUAGAUGUUACUCACAAACUGAACGCAAAAUCUAUGUUGAAAUUUGGCGAAAUUUACAAUUCAUAUCUCAUGCAAUCUUAAACUAACAAUAUUACGUUAACGUUCUAAAUAUUGUUAUUUAAGUGUCGGUUAUUGUUAGUUCACUGUAUAGAGAGUUUCAAAGGCACUUGUUACAUUCACAGAACUGAAAUUACGAAAAUGUGUUUAGGUUUAAACAAAAACUAAGUCUGUGAUAAUGUUAUUCAAUUGAAAAGAUUUAUAUUUAUUAUAAAAUAAAGUUACAUAUUGGGUUUAA